GACACCACCGUCCAUCUGCAUUGAGAGUCCAUAGAGCCUUGAAACCGAUCACUUGUGUUUUUGUGUUUAUUACCCACCACGCCAUGGUACGCCACAGCAAGCUACAGAUGCAGGUCUUAUCGCUGUAUCGGCAGUUUCUGCGUGCUGCAGAGGACAAGCCGGGAUUCAUACCGAGAAUACGAGAUGAAUUCCGUGCCAAUGCUUCAAUAAAGAAGACUGAUGUCAUGCACAUAGAAUAUCUGUAUCGGCGCGCCCAACGCCAACUUGAACUGCUGAAAGAUGUCAACACUAAACAGCUAGGAGCUUUCAGCAAGUCUAAAGAGGACAGUUGACCAUUCAUAACAUCGUCUGUCGGCCAAUAUGCAUUAAAAUAUUUUACAAAAUGUGAUUGAGAAAGAACAGACAGAAGUGCAAAGAUACAGAUUGGUCUCUGGGAAUUUGCUUCCUUGCUUCAGUUAUCCAAAUAAUGAAGGGAUCAGUGAAACUUUUACACAUCUCAGGAAAUCAAGCAGAAGCAUGGGGUAUUUGGGGAUAAUUUAUGUUUUUAGCAUGUUGUUUGUGUUAGUUCACUGGAAGAUUAAAUGCAGAUUAUUUGCUGCUAUAUCAG